AACAUUCAUCUUGUUUCACAGCCCGGGAUACCAGGAACAGGCAGCAUUUUGGAUAGGAGCGACCGACAAAGUCCACGAGGGUGAUUUCCGAUGGACUGACGGCUCCCCAUUCGCUUUCGCAAAUUGGUUUCCCGGAUGGACCCAGUACAACCGGUACAAUCGUCAGCCUAACGAUGACGGAUUAAGCGAACAAGACUGCAUCGAAUUACGCAGAAUGUUUUCUUUACCAACAGGUGGUGCCCAAAUUACUUCGUUCAUGUGGAACGACAGGGAUUGUUCUGCACUCAAUUAUUACGUUUGCGAGAAAUUCCAAAACGAAGAGGCAGUUGUCGACCCGUGGAAGAACGAAUGCAAUAAAUCUCUUGUUCUGACUCAACAACAUCCAAGUGCAGUGAUCACAAGUCCCGGAUUCCCGAGGCCUUAUCCCGAUAACAUCGAGUGCAUUAUGGAGAUCAGCGCUCCAACAUCUUAUCGAUUACUCUUGGACUUUGAAGAAUUGGUCCUCGAGGACGAACCAACGUGCAGUUACGACUAUCUGGAAAUCAUGGAACCCGUUUCUGGGGGUGGAAAUAACGCGAACGAUGCCGGUAACAGCAACAGUAACAACAGCGUCGCGGCGGAACCGACAGCGACGGCAGCGAAAAGGCGACGUCGCCUGUGCGGCGACUGGAGUUCAAAGUUGAAAUUGCUACGUCACACUAGCAACGGGUCGAGGAUGGUCCUGCACUUCAGCACCGAUUACUCUCACCAUUAUGGAGGUUUCAAAGCGCGGGUUUCAAUGAGAAACGUUAAGCAAUGUCAUGACGACAGGCUCCAAGUCUUCUACGAUUCCUGUUACUUGGUGGUGAGUUAUCCGGAAGUUACAUGGUCUACGGCGAACCAAAUUUGCGAAGGAAUAAAGGCCCAUCUAGCUUCAGUGUUAUCUCCAGAGGAAGAGACCUUUGUAAGCACCAGCAUACGCAAGAAUUCGGAGUAUCGCCUGGGAGCCCUGUACUGGUUAGGAGCCGUGGAGAAUACCGACGGACGAUUCUCAUGGAUCGACGAAAACCCGAUGGUCUUCACCAACUGGUUUCCACCCACACACUUGUUGUCGUCGCCUAGAAAAAACAGUACCGCACGUCAACACUGUCUCAGUAUCCAGUGGACGCCCUCCCAGUCGCGGUCGUAUCCCAGUGGACUUUACUGGCGCUCCCACAAAUGCGACGCCACCGGGGGCUAUGUUUGCAAACGAUCGAGGGAAGACUUGAACACAGUGAGGAACUUCAGCAGAGUGGUGAAUGGUACGCAGGGUCGGAUCAGUAGUCCUAAUUUCCCAGAGCAUUACCAAAACGAUUUGGAGUUUACUGUUCGAAUCAUUAGUCCGCCGAGGUUCAGGAUAGUCAUCGAAUUCGAUCGGAUAGAUCUCGAAUACCAGCCCGCUUGCUUGUACGAUUACGUAGAACUUAUAAGUUUGAAAAGAGGCAAGGAAGAUAAAGAAUCCGGCGUCAAAUUAUGCGGAAGUUACGAUACCGACAUGCAUCGAUUCGACCAUGUGUCUUCGGGCAACGAAAUGACCAUCAAGUUCCACUCCGACUACUCGAUUUCUGGCAGUGGAUUCUCGUUAAGAUGGAGGGCUGUAGAUGUCAGCGCUUGUCCCUUUCAGACGUUAACAUCCAAAGAAGGCCUUAUUGUCAGCCCCAACUUUCCGUUCUUCAUUCUUCCCAAUCUCAAUUGCUCCAUAACCGUUUUGGCUCCGACGAAGAAACGCGUGUGGUUGGAAUUUCUCGAUUUCGACGUUUCCGAAAACCUCCAGUCGAAGAAUUCCAUUUCGCAAUCGGAAUUUAUCGGUGUCGAAAUCGAUUUGGGCACGGAACUGGCACUGAUCCAACCCUAUCAAACUGAAGGUCUGGUAACCGAAGGGGCCUUUGUAUCAAACAGGGAAGUACUGAAGAUACACUUCCGAACAAACGACAGUCCUUCGGGUAAAGGUUUCAAAGCACGUUACAGGAUAGUAGAACCAGUCGAAGAAAAAAGAGUCAUAAGCUUACGACCUGAAACCGCUGGAGCUUUAAGGCACCUCAAUUAUCCGGCCGCGCCACCAGGAAACGUGAACUUCCUUCAGCAUUUGAUAGCACCAAUCGGCCACGUGAUUUAUCUGGAACUUUACAACGUCAAGCUGAAAGAGAGCGAGUGCUCCGACCAAAGGGGAUUGAUAGAAGUCUACGACAUGUACGCCGAUACGAACGGAACAGUUUGGAAGUUGUGCUUCGAAGAAACGCUCUCUAAAUCGCCCAUGGCCAUCACUUCGUACGUAAACACCCUGUGCUUUCGGCAGAAAAGCGGUCCAUUAGGAUUUCCUUUCAACGGCUCUUUGCAAAUCCACAACGAUUCGCACUUUAAAGAGAAACUGAGAAAACACCAUCAGAGUGCUGUAGAUUUUUGCGAGCCGAACCCUUGCGAACACGCGGGCAAAUGCGUAUCAAACGCCAACAAGAGCUUCUGUCAGUGUAAUGGACAUUUUGCCGGUCUGUUCUGCGGUUUGACAAAAUGCGAACUGAACCCGUGCAUCUUCGGCACCUGCGAACUGACAGGGAACAAUUAUAAGUGCCACUGCGAGCAGGGUUACAACGGGCCCAACUGCGAGUCGAAACAGAAACCGUGCGAGAACAACCCCUGCGAGAACCGGGGCGUGUGCAUCGAAAAGGGCACCAAUUUCCACUGUCAAUGUCACGCGUGGUGGGAAGGUCCGAGGUGCGACAAGCGAAUGUUACACAUACCGUUCAAACCUCUCAGUCAACGUAUGCUGGAGGAACCUUUCUGGUUGGGACUUAUCACCGUCACCGUCGUCAUGGGAGUGAUCGGACUCUUCUGGUGCGCCAAGAGACAUUUCCCGGAGAAAAUUGAAAAGCUACUGGCCGAGGAAAGCGAACGGAGUCGCAGUAAUCUUCCAUCGUUGAGAACGUCGCUGAGAGAACAACUGGCAGCUUCGAGUGCGUCAACUGUGACGGUGAUACCUAGCCCA